AUGCCUCCGCGAAUGCAGGGCUAUGGGGCUGCCCCGAAUAAUAUGGCAUCUCACUAUCAACAAUAUCCACCGCACACACAAUCACAUACAGCAGGACUUCCUCCGCCGGGCUCAAUCGGAAAUCAAUUUAUGAGUGCGAAUUCGAUGAGCAAUGCCUUUGCGAAUGGAGCUAGUAUGGGUAUACCAGGAGGUUUCUCUGCGCCUGGCCUACCUCUACAAGGUGGUGGAUUAGCAAGUCAAGCUGCACAAAUGAGCUUUGCUGCGGCGCCUUUACAACAACAGGGGCACAACGGCAUGGCAGAUUCAGGGACGCGGGGUAUGCGUGAUAAGGGCAGAAUACGAGAGGUAUGGAAGGGAAAUCUUCACGAGGAGAUGGCGAUUCUGCGGCAGCUAGUGGAUAAAUACCCUUAUAUUUCUAUGGAUGCGAAAUUUCCUGGAAUCGUUGCUCGGCCCAUGGGAUCUUUUAAUGGCAAGGGGGAUUAUCACUAUCAGUGCUUACGAUGCAAUGUAGAUUUACUGAAACUUAUACAACUGGGCAUAACAUUAUUCUCGGAGGAUGGGGAGUCACCACCUGCGACCCCUUUCUCGGACUCGGGAUUAGAUCGGAACUCAGCAGGACGAAAGUAUGGCGGCAACGGCGUGUUACAGAUACCUUGUACAUGGCAGUUCAACUUCAAAUUUUCUCUCUCGGAAGACAUGUACUCGGAAAAGAAUAUUGAUGAAAGAAAGACUGCCGGUACGGAUUUCAGCAGAUUAAAGGAAGAAGGCAUCGACCCAUUCGAGUUCGGCGCCGUGUUGAUUAGUUCUGGACUUGUAUGUGAUGAGGAGAAACGUUGGAUCUCAGGGCACGCCGGCUACGAUUUUGGAUAUCUUACAAAAAUCAUGCUUCAAAAGGCUUUACCGGAUGACGAAAGGGAAUUCGAUAUGCUUAUGAAAAAGUUCUUUCCAAGUGUAUACGAUAUCAAAUAUCUCAUGGCACAAGGAAGCAUUAUGAACAAAUCAGGUCAACUAUCACACGUCGACGUCGUCACCGCAGAACUCCUUCAACGAUGCGAUCCCCGCCCCAACAUCGAAGUCAUGAUCGAUGUCCUCAAAGUAAAACGCCUCGGUACCCCGCACCAAGCUGGCUCCGACUCUCUAGUCAACGGUCGAGUAUUCUUCAAACUCCGCGAGCGUCUCUUCGAGGGUGAAAUCGCGGAUGAACAUCUCGGUCGAGUCUUCGGUAUCAACCUCCAAGAAGCCAAUUCCUCUGCGAUCCAACAACAAACCACCCCACAACAUUACAAUCAAUACCAAGAAAACACCACCCCGAAUCAAAAUGGUUCCGGAUCCUCUUUCGCAAACGGCACACCCAGUACUCCAAAUAAUGGAAACGCAAACCUAGCAUCCACGCCUGCGCAUAAUAAUAAUGGGGGAAAUAGUGGUCUAGGUCCGCUCACCCCGGGUAAUGGUGGAGGUGGAGGUUCUUUUGGACAUUUCCAAUAUGCAAAUAAGCAGUAA